AUGAGAGAUCGAGAGCAAGAGAGGUGGGAAAACACAGGGGGGAGUGCAAAAUCACAUAAACAUGAUAAAGAUCCCAGGGUUUGGAACAAAGAAGAGUAUCAACGGUUGGAGCUUGAGUCUUUCUCCGUCUUCGUCGACAAUUUGCCAGCAGAUAUAUCAAAAAGAGAGCUUUUUAAUAUGUUCAAAUGGAUUGGCAGAAUCAUCGACAUAUAUCUGUCGCGGAAGAACAAUAAUGGCCAUGUCUAUCUGUUUGCAUUUGUGCGAUACACUACAAAAGGAGGAGCUCUGAAAGCCGCUGCAGAGAUGAAUAGUAUAGUACUGAGAGGCAGAAAACUGUUUGUUGGAGAAGCGAAGUAUAGAAGGAGAGCGGUGGUUCAGAGUACAAGGGGCAAAGAAGUGAAGGGCAGUGCCAGAGAAAGUGAUAGAGGAAACAACCCAUGA